AUGCGCUGGUUUCUCCUGACAUUGUGCCUGGCAUCCUCAACACUAGCUUGGAACUGUGGCAUUGGAAAAGUUUCGAAUCUUCUCUCUUUCGCCAUCGCUUUUCCUUCUCAAGACCUUACAGGUACUUUUUCCAAUGAUUGGUUUUUGUUGACGUUAGCUAAUAGAGAUCAGUUGCACUUGGAACUCUUCUGUGUUCAAAGAGGAGUUCGUCCAGCGCAGUUGAGAGCUAUUGUGGCUUAAAAGCAAACAAAAGUGAAGGAGUUCAUUUCUAGAAAAAUGGACUGUUAGCAGAAGCGUGAGACAAAUUGGAAACUAUCGAAAAAGCAUCUGAAAAAUUAAAAAUUGUGUACCUUUUUCAAGUCUACAGUUAUCUUGAAACAAACGCCAGAUAUAUUUUCAUCAUUGAAAGCUGGAAAACUUUCCUAGAAGUUCAAAAAAAGAGAACGACUUAAUUGACUUGAAAAUUAUAACUUCGAAGAGCAAAAUUAGGAAUCAGGUCGAAAAAUGAACCAAAAAGAACGUUUUUUAAUUUUCGGUGUCUCUUUCUAGUUUUUUUCUGGGAAAAUCGGGUUUUUUUCUGUACUUUCUACCUUAUAUUGAUCGUUAAAACCCUCAAAAGCAGCUUAUGAAUUAGCUAGAUUUUUGAGUGGGCGCUGGAAUUUUUUUGGUGUUCAUCCAAUUCCUGCCUCGAAGGAAUUCUAUUCACACAUUUUUUGCACCGCUAUAAAGCUAUUUGCGCUCUAUUGAGAAAUAAUUUUUUGCAGCGGUAAACCGUUGCUGUCAAGAGCACGACGAUCUUAUCGAGUCAUGCUCGCGAGACGAAGCCGACCACAGCUUUUGCAAGUGCCUGGGCAACAGCGAACAUUGGUUUGGUGCUUUUGAACCCAUUUCCGCGACUGGAUACGCAAACAAGACUCUUGUUUGAUCUCCUUCAUCACGAGUGCAAAUGUAACCAAAUAGACCAUGUUUUUUGUUCAGGUACGUGCGAACCGUGGUCAAGCCGCUUUUUUGCAUCUCGGUCAACCUCUACACCAAGUUCAAUGAUUGGUACAACGGCAACACGGUUUACCUGGUCAACGACUGCUUCCAUCCGAAGAAGUUCGGGUAUAGGAAUGAUUGGUAG